GCAUGGCGCUGUACGCGGCGGCGGCGGCCGUGCUGGCGGGCGUGGAGAGCCGGCAGGGCUCCAUCAAGGGGCUGGUGUACGCCAGCCGCUUCCAGAACGUGAAGCAGCUGUACGCGCUGGUGUGCGAGGCGCAGCGCUACGCCUCGGUGCUGGACGCCGUCAUCGAGCGCGCCGGCCUCCUCCGCGCCGAGAAGAAGCUGCGGCCGCACCUGGCCCAGGUGCUCGUGUACGAGUUGCUGCUGGGCAGAGGCUUUCGAGGGGGCGGGGGCAGAUGGAAGCCGGUGCUGGACCGCCACCGGGCGCGCCUGAAGGCCGAGCUGGCCCGCCUCAAGGUGCAGCGAGGUGUGAGUCGGAACGAGGACCUGCUGGACGCGGGCACCAGGCCGGGCGCGGCCUCUCAGGUGCCCCGGUUCGUGCGCGUGAACACGCUCAAGACCUGCAGUGAUGAUGCUGUGGAUUAUUUCAAGAGACAAGGUUUCACCUAUCAGGGUCGGGCUUCUGGCCUCGAGGACCUCCAGGCGCUCAGAGGGAAGUGUUUUCUUCUGGACCCUUUGCUGUCAGAGCUGCUUGUGUUUCCUGCCCAGACUGAUCUGCACGAUCACCCGCUGUACCAAGCCGGGCACCUCAUCCUGCAAGACAAGGCCAGCUGUCUCCCAGCCAUGCUGCUGGCUCCACCUCCUGGUUCCCAGGUCAUUGACGCGUGCGCAGCCCCAGGGAAUAAGACCAGUCACUUGGCUGCACUCAUGAAGAACCAAGGGAAAAUCUUCGCCUUUGACCUGGAUGCCAAGAGGCUGGCAUCUAUGGCCACCCUGCUGGCCCGGGCUGGAGUCUCCUGCUGCGAGCUUGCUGAGAAGGACUUCCUGUCCGUGCCGCCCUCAGACCAGCGCUACCAGCAGGUCCAGUACAUCUUGCUGGACCCUUCUUGCAGUGGUUCUGGGAUGCUGAGCCGACAGCUGGAGGAGCCUGGGGCAGGCGGGCCGAGCAGGGAACGCUUGCAGGCCCUGGCGGGGUUCCAGCAGCGUGCUCUGGGCCACGCGCUUUCCUUCCCCUCCCUGCGGCGCCUCGUCUAUUCCACUUGCUCCCUCUGCCGGGAGGAGAAUGAAGACGUGGUCCAAGAAGCCUUGCAGCAGAGUGCCGGGGCCUUCAGGCUCGCUCCAGCCCUGCCCUCCUGGCCACACCGAGGCCUCAGCACCUUUCCGGGCGCCGAGCACUGCCUUCGGGCCUCCCCUGACACCACUCUCACCGGAGGCUUCUUUGUUGCUGUAUUCGAGCGUGUGGAGGUGCCCAGCCCAGACUCCCCUGCAGAAGUGCCACCUCCAGAGCGAGCUGAGCCUGGCCCAGCCCCAAAGAGAAGGAAGAGGCGUCGGAGAGCUGCCCCCGGAGCCCCACCCACAGGCCCCUAACACGCACCAGCCUCC